AUGUACCAAAAGGGACAAAGAAGCAAUUUACGCAACCAUAAGGACAGGAAGCGCAGAAACGAUGGAGCAAUCAGUGGAACUGAAACAUAUAAGCCGCUACUUCUCGAAAACCCGACUAUUCCCGAAUCUUCCAAAAGUAUCGUGGAGCCCGGGAAAGUUAAGGCUCACUUAAGAAAGACAAUGUAUGAGGAGGAUAGCAGGCUGCAUUCUAGUUUUAUGAGGGUAUUGCUUGGGAAUUCCGAGUGUCAAAAGCUUAGUCCAGAUAUUCAAAACACACUUAUGCUAGAUUUUGACCUCAGCUCUGUUUCAUUUUCUGAAAGCAGUCCAUAUAGUGUCGACCGCAUUGUGACUUUAUACGGGACCGUGAGCCAAAUUCUGGCUGCAUUAGCAUACUUAAGCUUUGUAAUUUCAAGCGAUUUAAACAAUCUUUUGAAUAAUCAGUCUUACACGCUCAAGUCGCAAAAUUACAAGAUCGACAUUUUGCUAGAAGCAAGGGAGUCACUGCUUGAGGCUUUUGCGGCAAAGAAAACAUAUUGCGAUUUCUCCGAAUACGAUUGUAAUCAUAAUUUGAAUAUUGUGACAUUGAAGGGCGAUUUGCUGUACGUGAUGAACACCGCAAGGGAUUUAUGCACCCAGUUUCCAUUUAAGAAAUACAAGGACGAGAGAAACAUAAAAGUUUUGCCCACGAUUAGACUGCACGACUACGAUCAUUUGUUCGAAACGACUGAGAAUGACGCGCUGCUGCAGACAGCUAAAGAAGGGGUCUUGAAUUUUAUUUAUAAUAUGAAUCAUCUUAGUGGUGUUUCUGAGAGCUAA